UUGACGUCACUUUCGUUGCGUCAUAUACUUGACAAUUGCAAAAAAAUGGUAUUAUUUUGGAGAAAACUACGUUUUAAACUGCUUUCCUUGGUCCAUCGUUAAUUAAUGAGUCGAAACAGCGUGCCGGGUCCUCGAACAACGCCGAUGAAAGUUCGAUGCCGACGGGAAGAGUAUAGACCUGACGAGAUUCCAACUCGAGAUCACAAUAGUCGGCGACUGAUAUCUACCGAUCGCAACAGACUUGCAAGCGCGCGGGUGCGGCGAAGCUUUCCGUUUUCGAACCAAACACGCAUAAGCAAACGAGUUCCUCCCCGAAGCCAUAGUGAAGAGAGAUGUGUCACACGCAAACAGUCACCAAUACGUUCAAGCAGCCGGCGAUUUUCGGCGUCGGUAGAAAGAUGUCAUAACCUUUCCAUACCGAACCAAACGCGAAAUAACUCUGCAACAUUUUCGUCUGUGUCCCUGCCAUCAAGCACAAAUGAGAGAAACACCCUUGCAGAGCAUAUUUUUAAUUUCUGGAAACAUGGACGCUUGUGUGACGUCAUUUUACACGCAGGAGGGAAAUCGUUUCAUGCUCACAGGCUCGUUUUGGCGGCUAGUUGCGACAAGUUAGCUCAUUUCAGCGAAAAUGGAAAACAGCUUAUCGAGUAUGAAAUUCCAGGUGCAAGUUCUUCCGCAAUACAAGACGCUCUCGUAUUCUUUUAUACAUCUAACAUUGAUAUCAGCGAAGAAAACGUGCAGGACUUGCUACACAUCGCACAUACUCUAGGGUCCGAGCAAUUAAAGAACAUUUGUGCGCAAUAUUUAAGCAUGGCAUCAUUGUCGAAUGCUUUUGCAAAUAGGACGAUCGCUCUAAGAUUUGGCUUGUUAGACGUUGUAAAAGAGGUAGACGAAUACCUGCGUAGUAUUUCCGACAGCCUUAUCCAGUCAGACGUGUUCUUGAAUAGCGAAUUUAACCGGUUGUAUGAUAUCAUUUCUUCCAAUAUUCUUACGAAUCUGAAUGAUUUGCAGAUUUUCCAUGCAUGCACACGGUGGAUUGCUCACAAGCAGUCUCAAAGGAUCGUCUAUGCACCUGCGUUAAUGGAAUUAGUUCGCUUUGCCAACAUUUCUCCGCAAGACAUAGUAACCCACUGCGAACCAAACGCAGCCAUAUUCGACAUUCCAGAAUGCAAAAAUAUGCUAUUCUAUGCAUUUCGACACCAUGCUCUGAAUAGCCAGGUAACCGACUCUUCGUCAUACGGCUUUAAGAGAUCAAAGACUUACAUCCAGUCUGAGCAUAACUAUGCACAAUUACCUACACAAAAUAUUGAAUUGAGUCCCUUUCCAUCCCCAGGCGCAAAUUCUCGGGACGACGGGAAUGAAGCUACCGAAAAGGUGAUGCAAGACACAUCGGUCUCUUCCUCUGAGACAAGUAGUGCGUCUAAAUCGUUUACAAAAUCAUUAAAAAUGGUCAAAAGUAGUUCAUCUGCAACGAGUAGCGAGAAUUUUGAAACUGACAACUUAGAAUCAAGUAAAAGCACAGAACAAACAAAGCAACAGUUGGCGGAAGAAAAGAUGGAAAGAGUUCGUUCUUACGUUGGAAACGUCCCGACAGACGCUUUCGUUUUUGAUACACGGGAUAUUUCUGCGAAUAACGUGGACGCUCUAGUAAGUAAAUUAUCUGGGAUAUCAUUGAAAACUUUGCAACAAAAUAAAGUCUCUAGAAAGGAUCUUGCGUCGUAUCGUGAUUUUAAAAAUGAAAGCAAGAAAAAAGAAAAAAAUGAAUCGGAGUUAUCGAAUAAUUUGUCAAACGAAUAUGAAAUACACAGUGAAGAUUUAAAACAAAAUGAAACAGAGAGUAUGCCAUCUUUAUUUAGAAAUCGCUUUCUUCGAACGGCUCGUAAAAUCGGCGCCAGCUUGAAAAUGAAAAAACCCGGGUCCGGGUUGUCCGGUGAAGAAAUAUACGAACGUCAACCGCAUAGCGAUCAAGGCUACAUAGACUCUCUAGGCUACAUAGACUCUCUAGGCUACAUAGACUCUCUACAGACGCAAGAAUUACAACAGCGGUCCAAGCCAAGCGAUCAAGGCUACAUAGACUCUCUACAGACGCAAGAAUUACAACAGCGGUCCAAGCCAAGCAUUGUUAAGCUCUCACCAAUACCAUUGGAUGGUGGUGAUUCGGAGAAACAUGAUUCACAAAGUAGGCAAACGUUACCAAGAUUUGAGCCGAAACGGUCCGGAACUAGCGAGCAGGGUUACCAUGACGCUCAAGCACCUUAUGAUACUCGGCAUGUAAUAGAUUUACAAAGGCAUUAUGACCAUCGACAGUCACAGCACAGUGUUGUUCAGCUGUCGCCCCUUUCAUCCGAAAUGGAACGAUCUCGCAGAUCCACCCUGAGAGUGCCUCGCAGGGAUAGCCAAUAUUUGGACAAAAGGAGAUCUGAAGGCAGAAGCGAACACCGACGCCCGACUAUGGAUAAAUGCUUAUCUGUUAUUAUGGAAAAUGUGCAAAUUCAGCCGAUCCGCGAUGGUUGCAAUAUCCCGCGCAAAUCUUCGACGUCGGCAGCGUAUGCCGCGCGCAUCUCGAGCAAAAGAGAGUUACAUCCGGGAUCAGUCGCGCGCCUUAAUUGCUCAGGCACAGUUUCCCGGGACGAUGAUACAAACGAGUCCCCAGCCAAAAUGUGUCGAUCGCGACGAAUGAUUUCGUCGUCAAGUUUGGGCUCGAAUUGCACCAGACUGCUACCGAAUGUACCGACAACUCCGCCGCCUCCACCGCCUCUCCCGCUUUUUCCUGUUGUUAUAGUUGCAGGCGUUUCAAAUCGAAAUGUCCCUAUGUCUUUGUACCAAUUCGACCCACUUGAGAAUAACUGGUCGAACCUGACGCAACUUCCGUUUCAGGUGCACUAUGCCGCCGUUUCUUGUCUGAACGAUAAUAUAUACGUCACUGGCGGUCGAAUAAAAAGUUCCAACAGCGAAACUUCAGUGAAGGAAUGUAACUUCUACAACAUUUUUAGCGGACGCUGGACCAAAAUGACGCCAAUGAAAACGGCGCGCGCGCACCACACUUCAGUGACGUUAAAUGGGCUGCUGUACGUGAUUGGAGGCGAGGACUGUGUAAUGAUGAGCCUCAAAAACGUGGAGAUGUAUGACACAGAGACAGGCGCCUGGACGACAAUUGCCACUCUUAGAGAUGCACGGGUCGGUCCGGCGGCGGUCGCGCAUCGCGGAAGGAUUUACGUUGCUGGCGGAAUAUUGGAUACGGAUGAGCAAUUUCUGCUUGACAGCUUCGAAGUGUACGACCCGAGGUGCAGAGCGUGGAGUCUUCGUUCUCCCUUACCAACAGCCUUGUGUGACGCGUCUCUAGCGGAAGUUGACGGCGUGCUUUGUCUAGUCGGCGGUUACGUCAUGAAAGACAAGCGGCGGAUAAGUCAGUCGAGCGUCUAUCGGUUUUGCGAUGAGACGGACACUUGGCAGGAAGUGUUCACGCUGAGCGUUCCGCGGCAUAGAGCGGUGGUGGUGGCAAUAGAUGCCCGGAUGUUCGUCAUUGGAGGGGAAUCCGCCGACCCAGAAUCUUACGAUAAGGUGUUGACUUCAGUUGAGAGUAUCGACAUAACCGGAAGUUGUAAAAAUGCCACGUAUACGUCACUUCCGGAAGCCUUGGUCGGACUUGCGGGAUGUGUAAUGCACGGGAAUUGACAAACAUUUGCGUGAAUAUUUUGUGUCAUUUUAUAUAUCAUUAAUAACUUUACUUUGUAAUAGUUAAAUCUAAAAUUCAUUUACAAAUAUUAACAAGAAUUAAAUAAAUAUGCCCUUGAA